AUGGCCUCAAAAUCUGAUAAGAGGGUUGCAUCAUCUGUCUUUAUCACCCUGGCACCCCCUCGCCGAGAUGUGGCUGUGGCUGAGAAAGUGAGACGGGCGGCUUGUGAGGCCCGGCCUGGCUGCCCCUGGGACUCCUCUGCCCCUGUGAAGGCACCCGCGGCUGGCUUGACAGGGAGGCCUGGCUCCCGGACACCCCUAGGCAGGUCUGUGCCAGUGGUGCCAGCUGUAUCAUCUGUACCACCUCAGCUCUCCAACAGAGGGUGUUCUCUCCCUCCUCCUACCCAGGAUGGCGAGGAAGUGCUUCCUGAUCUAGACCACCUCCCACCUCCUCCGCCGCCCCCAUCAGCAUACCUGCCUCCUCCAGAUGAGGAGCCGCUUGGCCCGAUGGGGACGUCGCUCAUCACGGACUUAGAGCAGCUGCACCUGCCCCCACCUCCACCCCCACCCCCACCGCAGUCCCCGGUGGACGGGCUUCCCCUCCAGCCUUGGCCUGGUCACCUCAGACCUGCGGAGGAGGAGCUGCCACCUCCCCCAGAAGAGCCUGUUUGUGUCCCUGAGAGAGAGGCGUCCACAGAUGUCUGCGCCUUCUGCCACAAGACCGUGUCCCCCCGAGAACUGGCCGUGGAGGCCAUGAAGAAACAGUACCACGCCCAAUGCUUCACGUGCCGCACUUGCCGCCGCCAGCUGGCCGGGCAGAGCUUCUACCAGAAGGAUGGGCGGCCCCUCUGUGAGACCUGCUACCAGGACACCCUGGAGAAGUGUGGCAAGUGUGCAGAGGUGGUCCGGGAGCAUAUCAUCAGGGCCUUGGGCCAGGCCUUCCACCCCAGCUGCUUCACCUGUGUGGCCUGCGCCCGGUGCAUCGGGGAUGAGAGCUUUGCCCUGGACAACCAGAACGAGGUGUACUGCCUGGAUGACUUCUAUAGGAAAUUUGCCCCAGUGUGCAGCAUCUGUGAGAAUCCCAUCAUCCCCCGGGACGGGAAGGAUGCCUUCAAAAUCGAGUGCAUGGGAAGAAAUUUUCAUGAAAACUGCUAUAGGUGCGAGGACUGCAGGAUCCUCUUGUCUGUCGAGCCCACCGACCAAGGCUGCUACCCCCUGAAUGACCGCCUCUUCUGUAAGCCGUGCCACGUGAAGCGGAGUGCUGCAGGGUGCUGCUGA